AGACAGUAAAUAAGCCUCGAAAAAGCAAGGAAGAAGCUGUCUCCAUCUUGUCGGCUCGCGCUGGUCGGGCGACGCGGCGACGAUGGGGAGCGUUUUGGGGCUGUGCUCCGUGGCGAGCUGGAUUCCCUGUUUGUGUGGCAGCGCCCCGUGUUUGCUGUGCCGAUGCUGUCCUAGUGGGAACAACUCCACUGUGACUAGAUUGAUCUAUGCACUUUUCUUGCUUGUUGGAGUAUGCGUAGCUUGUGUAAUGUUAAUACCAGGAAUGGAAGAACAACUGAAUAAGAUUCCUGGGUUCUGUGAGAAUGAGAAAGGUGUUGUUCCUUGUAAUAUUCUGGUUGGCUACAAAGCUGUGUAUCGCCUGUGCUUUGGCCUGGCCAUGUUCUAUCUUCUCCUCUCUUUACUAAUGAUCAAAGUGAAAAGCAGCAGCGACCCUAGAGCCGCGGUCCACAACGGAUUCUGGUUCUUUAAAUUUGCUACAGCAGUUGCAAUUAUUAUUGGCGCAUUCUUCAUCCCAGAAGGCACUUUUACAACUGUGUGGUUUUAUGUGGGCAUGGCAGGCGCCUUUUGCUUCAUCCUUAUACAACUAGUCUUACUUAUUGACUUUGCCCAUUCUUGGAAUGAAUCCUGGGUUGAAAAAAUGGAAGAAGGGAACUCAAGAUGUUGGUAUGCAGCCCUGUUGUCAGCCACCGCUCUGAAUUACUUGCUGUCUCUGGUCGCCAUCAUCCUGUUCUUUGUAUACUAUACUCACCCAGCCAGCUGCUCAGAAAACAAGGCGUUCAUCAGUGUCAACAUGCUGCUCUGCAUCGGCGCGUCUGUAAUGUCCAUUCUGCCCAAGAUCCAGGAAUCACAACCAAGAUCUGGCUUGUUACAGUCUUCAGUAAUUACAAUCUACACAAUGUAUUUGACAUGGUCUGCUAUGACUAAUGAACCAGAAACAAACUGCAAUCCAAGUCUGCUGAGCAUCAUUGGCUUCAAUACCACAAGACCUGUCCCAAAGGACGGGCAGUCUGUUCAGUGGUGGCAUCCUCAAGGAAUUAUAGGACUCGUUCUCUUCCUGCUCUGUGUGUUUUAUUCGAGCAUCCGUACCUCCAACAACAGUCAGGUUAAUAAACUGACUCUAACAAGUGAUGAGUCAACAUUAAUAGAGGACGGGAAUGGCAGAAGUGACGGGUCACUAGACGAUGGUGAAGGCGUCCACCGAGCUGUAGAUAACGAAAGGGAUGGAGUCACUUACAGUUACUCCUUCUUUCACUUCAUGCUCUUCCUGGCUUCGCUUUACAUUAUGAUGACCCUUACCAACUGGUACAGGUAUGAGCCUUCUCGUGAGAUGAAGAGUCAAUGGACAGCAGUCUGGGUGAAAAUCUCUUCCAGUUGGAUUGGCAUUGUGCUGUAUGUUUGGACACUGGUGGCACCACUUGUUCUUACCAAUCGGGAUUUUGACUGAAUGGGGCGUCUGGCAUGAGUCCCACUUUGGUCAUUGUUUAUUUGACAGUAACAGUAUUCGCAAUUUUUGUACAGUUGUAUGUGCUGUUGUGUAACAGUUUUUUCUCUUGCAUGAAAUAGAUUUACUCUGCCAUUUUAUCCAUGUUCUUGCUAAGUGUACUGGUGAUAUAAAUUGCAAAGGGAGAAUUUUGAAUGUGGUGGCAAAUUAGCAAAGAUGGACGUUGAUAGGCAUAUCUCAUCUGCUCUGUACAUAUGGAAUUAAAAUUGUGUUAGAACUUAUGCUACUUUAGAAACAUUAAGUGUAUGGCUGCCUUUUGAAAUACUGGACGUGUUGUUGCCUUACAGAGGACUACAAAUACAAAGCAAAUGGCUGUUUUAAAAUUAUGUAAAUAAGUCACAAGCUAGUUGUCUGAAAACUCUUAAGUCCCUUUAAUUUUGAUAGAAUUUUUUUCUUACUAGGAGGUCCAGGAUGUUUUGUUUCGUGGAAAGCAGUAUAGGAAGUGGAGGUAAGCUGAGCAGUAGGCAAGAGCCUUCACAGAAAGUCACUGGUAAUGAGUUUUAAAGCAAGUACUGUAGAUUAUGAUUUUCUCUCUAAGAAAGUAUGGCCUUUACAAAAAAUGAAUGGUUUGCUCUUUGUGAACACACAAUUAUGGAUUUCAUAGAGAUAUUAACAGCUCUUCAUGUAGACACAAUUUUGAAAAGGAUAUUAUGUUAGAAAAAUUUCAAACUACGUCUCCCAAACAAAAUGGGAAACCUUAGAGGACAUAAAAUAUUAGGCUCGGGUUAGGUACUUUUAAGAUAAAGUCUAGUCCAGUUUAAAUGUCAACUAGUGCAAAAGCUAGUGACAAAGCUGGAUACCAAAAAUAGCCAACACUACAACAUAAACACUUUGUAUUCAAAGUAUACAAUUCACUUUAUAAAUUAUUAAUGGUAUAUAAUUUGUAUAAAAUAUAUUGCUGCUGUCCAGCAUGCUUUUUUUUAAAAUCCAAACACAAGGCCAGGAGGAUAGUUAAUUUGAAGAAUAGAUAACUUCCAUUACACUACACAUUUAACAAUGCUUAAAUGUUUGUUUACUGCCAUGCAAUUGAUAUUAUAAUUCUAUUGAAAAUCAGUAUGCCUCAAUUUAGAUAGAAAUGCUUAUUUAUGUUAGUAUCUAGUUUAAAAGCUUUUAAAGAUCUACAAGCUUCUUUAAAAAUAUUUAUUGUGCAAAUGGAAUAGAGCAAUUCAUCUUAAUUUUCCAACCUUAUCCCGUGUUAAUACUUUGUUUCACAAGUUUGAAUGGCUGUGUUCUAUCUCUUAAAUAAACGAAUUCAAAGAAAA